GAUGGGGCCGCUCGCAGCACUCGCGAGAGCGGCUGGGGUGGGAUCCGCGGCGCCUUGUGGGAGUUCGGUCCUUUCUGGCGGCCCGGCCAUCUUGGCGGCGCGUCCGCGUUACCGCCCGACCCGACGACAGGCAGCACCAUGGUGGCCGCGAAGAAGACGAAAAAGUCUCUAGAGUCCAUAAACUCUAGGCUUCAGCUGGUUAUGAAAAGUGGUAAAUAUGUACUAGGAUACAAACAGACUCUGAAAAUGAUUCGGCAGGGCAAAGCCAAGUUGGUCAUCCUAGCCAACAACUGUCCUGCUUUGAGAAAAUCGGAGAUUGAGUACUACGCUAUGCUUGCCAAGACUGGUGUCCAUCAUUAUAGUGGCAACAACAUCGAAUUGGGCACAGCAUGCGGAAAAUACUACAGAGUGUGCACACUGGCUAUCAUUGACCCAGGGGACUCUGACAUCAUCAGAAGUAUGCCAGAACAAACCAGUGAGAAGUAAAGCUGUAAAGGUGUUAUUUCUACAAUAAAACUGGUUACAGAUCUGUUUUAAGAAAAAUUUGGUUUAUACAUUUGCUGGUUUUAGGGAACAAAAUAUAUAAAUGAAGAUUCA